AGUCGGAGGAUUAUGGAGGAGGCGGUAGCGAAGAGACGGCCAAUAAUCUCAGCCAGAGAGCGAGGACCGGGUCCGGGACGCUACGCUCUGCCGCCAACUGUGGGCUACAUCAACCAUGACGUCACCAAGCCCAGCAGCCCCGCCUACACCUUCCACAGCCGCACCAGCAGCGCUCUGGUUUCUGUGGAUUCCAGUCCAGGACCAAGGUACCACGUCGGCGCUAAGGUGACACGAUUUGGCCGAAUGGACACGCCAUCUUACUCCAUAUUGGGGCGAGGGAGGCGCAUUGGGGCUAAAGGUAAUGACUUCCAGACUCCGGGGCCGGGGGCUUACAGUCCUGAGAAGGCUCCGCCUCUAAACGCUCACCGGAAACCGCCGGCUUACACGAUCGGCGCUCGUACACGGUAUCGUUCUGUGGAUGCAGUACCAGCGCCCAACAGUUAUGUGCUCCCCAACCUGCUGGGCAGUCAGGUUCCCCACAAGGCAUCCAGCGUCAGCUACAGCAUGUCGGCCCGCAGGAAGGUGGGCGCCCCCUCGGAGGACCUGGCCAAGAGCCCCGGGCCGAGCAAGUACAACAGCACCAACCCGGAUGUUUACCUCCAGCGCCAGCCCUCCUUCUCCAUGCAGAGCAGGACUAAGAGGCCCAAUUACUCCAUGGCGACGCCGGGCCCGGGCUCCUACAGCCCAGAGAGGUCCAACGUGCACCAUCACAGGGCACCCUCCUUCACCAUGGGUGUCAGACACUCAGAGUUUGUCAUGCCGCUUAUCUUGGACAUCAUCGACUAAGUUGGAAUGUUGUUUUCUUCUCUGCAAAAAUAUGUUUGGGAUACAGUAUUGUGCAAAAGUCUUGGCACACCACUACCUCUGUGCUCAUACCAGGCUAACCUUACUUGCAUCGCGGUUCGAACAUGGCACCCUCGCUCCAUAUAAAUGAAUAAAUGAUUGCUGUUUCAUGGUUGAGUAUGCUUAAUUCUACUUAUUCUUGUACUUAUUCUUGGCCUAAAUUAAGCAUUUUCAAGCAUCAUAAUGGUGAAAUGAACUAACUAAACGAACUAAAAUACAAAUACCAGGCAGAAGAAGCAUUCUAAUUGUGAAUGUAGUAUUCUACAUUGGCCACUAGGUGUCGGUGUUUGGUGAGACAAGCGCCAGAUGUGAUCGCCCAGACGUCCUGGUCCCCGGCUACCUCUUCCAGUUCCACUGGGAGGACACCAGGGCGUUCAACCAUGGCCUCGGAUUGGAGGUGCUGAGUCUUAUCCCAGAAGCUUCACACUCAGCUGCAAACCGCUCCAGGUAAACGAUGAAGGUCACAGCCUGACGAGGCCAUCAGGACCGCAUCGUCUGCGAAUAGCAGAGACGAGAUCCCGAGGUCCCCAAACUGGCCCCCCUGGACGCCUUGGCUGUGCCUAGAAAUUCUGCCCAUAGAAAUCAUGAACAGAAGUGAUGAGAAACGGCAUCCUUGGAAGAGGUCAAUGCUCACCAGGAACAGGCUCCACUUACUGCUGGCAAUGUGAACCAGGACUGGAUGGCACGCAGUAGCGCUACGAGAGUACGGGUUCCCGUAGCACCCCCCCACAGGACACUGCGAGGGACACGGUGACGUGCCUUUUCCAAGUUCACAAAUCACACGUAGAGGAAAACUCCCACGUACCCUCCAGUACCCUUGCAAGGGUGUAGAACUGGUCCACGACCAGGACGAAAACCACAUUGCACCUUCUGUAGCUGAGGUUCACCUAACGUACCCUUCUCUCCAGCACCCUGGAAUAGACGUUCCCAGGGAGGCUGAGGAGUGUGAUCCCCCAAUAGUUGGAACACAUCCUUCGGUCACCCUUCUUGAAAAGGGGGACCACCACCCCGGUCUACCAAUCCAGAGGUACUGUUCCGGACUUCCACAUAUUGUUGAAGAGACGUGUCAGCCAAGACAGUCCCUCAACAUCCAGAGCCUUGAGGAAUUCAGGGCGAAACUCGUCCACCCCCGGAGCUUUGUCACUGGGGAGUUUUUUUGACUACCUCAGGCACGGUGAUUCGUGUCCUCAGACUCGAUGGAAGAUAUGUCAGUGGGAUUGAGAAGGGCCCCAAAGUAAUCCUUCCACCACCCGACCAUGCCUCAGCUGAGGUCAGUAGGCCUCCGUCCCCACUGCAAGCAUUGUGGACCAGGCACUGCUUCCCCUUUCUAAGGCGUCAAAUGGUUUGCCAGAACUUCUUCGAGGCUGACCGAAAAUCGUGCGCCAUGGCCUCACCGAACUCCUCCAGCACCCAAGUUUUUGCCUCGACCGCCGCCAAAGCCGCAUGGUCUGCCGGCACCCAUAAGCUGCUUCAGGAGCCCCUCAAGUGAUCCAUGCUCAGUAGGACUCCUUCAGCUUAACGCAGCUCCAACCUCCGGCGUCCACCAUCGGGUUCGGGGUUUGCCGCCACGACUGGCACCGACCACCUUGCGCGGCCACAGCGCCGAUUGCCUGUCUAAGAAAUGGAGGCACGGAAUACAGUCCAUUCGGACUCGAUAUCCCGAUCCUCCCCCACGAUGCAGGCGAAGCUCUGCCAGAGGUGAGAGCUGAAGAAAUGACGAACGGGAGGCUCUGCCAGAAGUUUCCAGCACACCCUCACAACACGUUUGGGUCUCCCAGGUCUGUUCAUCUUCCCCCGCCAUCUAAUCCAUCUCGCCAUGAUCAGUUGACAGGUCAGCCCCCCUCGUCACCCGCGUGUCCAGAACAUGCGGAUGCAGGUAUGAUGAUGUGAUUCAUUCAAACAUGAUUAAAUACUUUUCCGAAUGAUGUGAAGUCACACAAACACCAGGAAACACCAUAAAACGUUCCACCAAUCCUUUUACUUUUACCAUGAGUGGCAAGAAGCAACAAUAUUACAAUAAAUACUACUCCAAAUACAAAACGAUUGUUGUUCGUAACACGUGUUAGAGUUUUUUCUUGGGUAAGGUCACAGUGACGGGCGAGCUCCAACGACUACACUGGCCCAGACCCAGCAGCUCCCUAGCGCACACCCGGAACAGGUACGUUCUACCAGGGAUCAGACCCUUCAGCUCCACGCUGGUGUUCUCCAGAGGACCCAGCUGGACAAAGAGGGAAGAGAACCAUAAAUAAAACACAAGGUCACUCGACAAGACAAUAAGUCUUGCUUUCAGGUGAACUUACAUUGACAGACUUGGUGGUGCCCUUGACGUCCCACUGGUACAUGAUCUGGUACUUCAAGGGGACGAUGUCCAUGUGCGUCCAAGUGGGAGGAGCCGACCACUCCAUCAGAACCGCUCUGACGUUAUGAGGGGACACCUUGAUGUCCACGGGGGGGUCAGGUUUCACUGCGAAUAGAUUGUGUCGUUCAGGCUGUCGUCAGCCACUCGUCGGUGUGUUGAUGUUUGUCCUCACCGAUGUCCUCCAGCAUGAAGCUGCUGAGAUGAGAGCUGCUGCCUCCGUCGUAAAGUGUCGUCACGUUGAUCAUGUAGUCCGUCAGCAGCUUCAAGUCACGCAGGGGGCAGUGCCACAGCUGGACACGUUUAGAAAACGGAUUGGUGGAAGCGUCUUGGAUUUU